CCUCUUUCUCGUCAGUGUACCGCCCCGCUCCCCGUCUUUCCUUAUCUCUCCGCCGAAAAUAUAACCAGCUUCCGUCGACCCGACAUCACCUUUCGAUCAGAGAGUAAUCAUGGCAUAUACCCUCCAAGGCGGUUUAAAGAAGAAAGUCUGCUACUAUUAUGACGGUGACAUUGGAAACUAUUAUUAUGGACAGGGGCAUCCCAUGAAACCUCACAGAAUUCGCAUGACCCACAACUUGCUUUUAAACUAUGGGCUUUACAGGAAAAUGGAAAUCUAUAGACCUCAUAAGGCCACAGCUGAAGAAAUGACAAAGUACCACAGUGAUGAUUACAUCAAGUUCCUCAGAUCAAUCAGAACAGAAAACAUGUCUGAAUUCAGCAAACAAAUGCAAAGAUUCAAUGUUGGGGAAGACUGUCCAGUCUUUGAUGGGUUGUUCGAGUUCUGCCAGCUGUCAACAGGGGGAUCUGCUGCUGGAGCAGUGAAGCUGAACAGGCAGCAGACGGACAUUGCAAUCAACUGGGCCGGAGGGCUUCACCACGCCAAGAAGUCCGAGGCCUCCGGGUUCUGCUAUGUCAAUGAUAUUGUUCUAGGAAUCCUUGAGCUGCUCAAAUACCACCAGAGAGUUCUGUACAUUGACAUUGAUAUCCAUCAUGGAGAUGGUGUGGAAGAGGCCUUCUACACAACCGACCGUGUCAUGACAGUUUCAUUUCAUAAAUAUGGAGAGUACUUCCCAGGCACCGGAGACCUUCGAGAUAUAGGUGCAGGAAAAGGCAAAUACUAUGCUGUCAACUUCCCACUGAGAGAUGGAAUAGAUGAUGACUCAUAUGAACAAAUAUUUAAGCCAGUAAUGGCCAAGGUAAUGGAGAUGUACCAGCCCAGUGCAGUUGUCCUGCAGUGUGGGGCCGACUCGCUCUCUGGAGAUCGGCUUGGCUGCUUUAACCUAACAAUAAGAGGUCAUGCAAAAUGUGUGGAAUACAUGAAGUCUUUCAAUCUACCUUUGCUGAUGUUGGGGGGAGGGGGCUACACCAUCCGUAAUGUUUCCCGAUGUUGGACAUACGAAACUGCUGUGGCACUGGAUACAGAUAUUCCUGAUGAAUUGCCAUACAAUGAUUACUUCGAAUACUUUGGACCUGACUUUAAGUUGCACAUCAGUCCCUCCAACAUGACAAACCAGAACACGCAAGAGUAUCUGGACAAGAUCAAACAGCGCCUGUUUGAGAACCUGAGAAUGUUGCCGCACGCCCCAGGAGUACAGAUGCAGGCCAUUCCCGAGGACAUUGUGCCCGAAGACACUGGGGACGAAGACGCUGAUAACCCAGACAAGCGCUUAUCAAUCCGGGCAUCUGACAAAAGGAUAGCCUGCGAUGAAGAGUUUUCUGACUCUGAAGACGAAGGAGAGGGAGGGAGGAGAAAUGUUGCAAAUCACAAGAAAAACGUGAAGCGCGCCAGGCUAGAAGAGGAUCCGAGAGAAGCCGAGGAGAAGAAAUCGGAAGUAAAAGAAGAAGAGAAAUCUAAGGAAAACAGCUCAGAAAAGACAGAUGCCAAAACCGUCAAGGCCGAGCAGCCUAGUAGUGCUUGAACAAACCGUAAAGGCAAAAAGAUCUGGAACCAUUAAACUGGCAAUCGAUUUGCUGGACUUCGCUUUGGAUUCAAAACCUUAACACCCUAUUUAUUUUGAUCUGUGUUAUAGAUGUGAGAUGUGUGUCGUGAGUUUAUCACAAAAAAAAAAAAA